AAAGUGUGAAAGAUGAAGCCCUCAGCCUUCAUGUUCCUCCUUAUCAGCUCAGCCGCCUGCAUCAAUCUCAAAUACAUCUCCAAGAGGAACUCGGUGGAUGGCUGCAUUGAUUGGUCGGUGGACCUGAAGAGGUACCGGGUCCUAGCAGGGGAACCAGUGAGGGUGAAGUGCGCCCUGUUCUACAGCUACAUCAGGACCAACUACUCCAUGGCCCAGAGCGCCAAGCUCCGGCUCAUCUGGUACAAAAACAAAGGGGACUCGGAGGAGCCUAUCAUCUUCUCGGGCCAUCGGCUCAGCAAGGAGGAUGACUCCAUCUGGUUCCGCUCAGCCGAGCUGGAGGACAACGGCUUCUACACCUGUGUCCUGAGAAACUCCACCUACUGCAUGAAGGUGUCCAUGUCCUUGGCGGUGGAGGAGAACGACGAGGGCCUGUGCUUCAACAGUAAAAUACGCCACCUGGAGAAAGCCGAGAUCACUAAAAGCAAGAUGAUCAACUGCCCCGACAUCGAGGAUUACCUCGCCCCUUACAAGCAGCCCCAGAUGACCUGGUAUAAGGAGUGUGAGAAGAAGACAUGGCGGAGCUCCAUCAUGGUGAACACCACCAACAUCUGGUUCCCUGAGGUGCAGGAGGACGACGGGGGGAACUACACCUGUGAGCUCAAGUAUGGCAGCCGGGUGGUGAGAAGGACCACAGAGCUCAAAGUCACAGCUCUCCUCACAACCAGACCCCCGAAGGUCCUGUUCCCCACUGAGAGACAGGCCAGUGUUAUAGAUGUCCAACCGGGUAUGCCCCUCAGUCUGGACUGUAAGGCCUUCUUCGGCUACAGCGGGGAGUCCAGACCUAUCAUCUACUGGAUGAAAGGGGAGAAGUUUGUGGAGGAGCUGGCAGGCCACAUUAAAGAGAGUGAAGUCAGGGUUUUGAAGGAGUAUCUAGGGGAGAAAGAGGUGGAGCUGUCCCUAACCUUUGAUGCGGUGGAGGAGACGGACCUGGGCAACUACACCUGCUUUGUGGAGAACCAUAUCGGGCGGAGGAGUGGCAGCGCCAUCCUGCAGAAGAAAGACAUGUACAGGCUAGAGCUGGCUGGUGGACUAGGGGCCAUCCUGCUUCUUCUGGGCUUCUUCACGGCCAUCUACAAGUGCUACAAUGUGGAGAUCAUGCUCUGCUACCGGAGGCACUUUGGGAGCGACGAGACAGAGGACGACAACAAGGAGUAUGAUGCAUAUUUGUCCUACACCAAAGUGGAGCUGGAUUCGAUGAACAGGGGCUCCAGUGAAGAGGAGCAGUUUGCUCUGGAGAUCCUCCCAGAUGUUCUGGAGAAACACUACGGAUACAAGCUCUUCAUCCCCGACCGGGACCUCAUCCCUAGCAGUCACAGCAUCUACAUCGAGGACCUGGCGCGAAGUGUGGAGCAAAGCAGGCGGCUGAUCAUCGUGUUGACUCCUGAGUUUGUGGCCAAGCGUGGCUGGAGCAUCUUCCAGCUGGAGACACGGCUCCACAGCAUGCUGGUGACAGGGGAGAUCAAGGUCAUUAUGAUUGAGUGUGCUGACCUCAAGAGCGUCAUCAACUACCAAGAGGUGGAGGCCCUGAAGAACACCAUUAAAGUGCUUACCAUCAUCAAGUGGAGGGGCCCUAAGAGCAACGAGCUCAAGUCCAAGUUUUGGAAGCAGGUGAUUUACGAGAUGCCGGUAAAGAGGAAGGAGAUGCUGUCUCGCCGGCAGGUGCUUGACUCCGGAGAGCAGGGCCUGUUCGGCGACCUGCAGACGGUCUCCACCAUCGCCAUGACGACCACGUCUGCCUCGCUGGCACCCGCCCACCAUGCCGAGAUCCCAGACUUUAACCAGGCCGGCCACCCCCAGAUGAGACACUACUGCACCCGUAGUUACGAGUAUAAGAUGCCCGGUUCCCCCUUGCAGAUAGCCACCUUGAGUAACCGUCACAUGUACUGCAAUAUCCCCAUGACGCUGCUCAACGGACAGGUGACUCAGAACAACACGAUGGGAAAGAGCAAGCAGGAGAUCCACUUGAACAGCACAUUCGUCCCUCUAUCUGGAAGGGAACUCACAAGUGAUAUCUGGUAGACUGAUAUUCAGCAACUGGCUUGAUGGCAACAUUUUUAUUUAUU